AGCGCGGACGGAACGCUGCGGGACUGCGGAGAGCGGGCUGUGCCGGAUCCCCCGGAUCCCCCGGCUCCCUCCUCUUCCCCGGCUUGGCCGGAUCGCCGCGCUCCGCCGCGCUCCGCCGCUCUUCGCUUCAUGCAGUCGAUGCGCGAACCCGAGCGCUGUGUUCCGUGCAUGUGGGCGAGCCGGGGAUGGAUCGGGCAGCGGGCGCGGCCCCGGGAGGCACUUUCAUGUGCAUGAGUGAGAAGGAGCAGAGGCGCUACUCGGGGUUGUACACUUUGUGUCAGGCUGACAGCUCGGGGAAACUGGCGCCCGGCAAAGUGGGGGAGCUUUUCAGAGCCUCGCAGCUACCUGCCGACACCCUGCACCAGAUUGCAGAGUUAUGCGGUGCCAAGCAACUGGGUUACUUUGGCACUGGCCAAUUCUACGUGGCGCUGAAGCUCCUGGCGGCGGCACAAGCUGGCCUCCCUGUCCGCCUAGAGAGCAUUAAGAACGAGCUGCCGCUUCCCAGAUUCUCUGACAUGAAGGAGGAGGCAGAAUCCCACUUUCAUAACCAUUCUCAAAACAGUGAAACCCAAAGUCACCACUUCGGCCUGCCAUUGGACUCCACCCCGAGGGCGAUGACAGACAGGAGAGGCUUCAGACGACAGGAGAGCAGUGCUGAGAAAAAGGAGCCCUGGUCCCCUCCACGCUCACCCUGCGGUUCCCCGCCCGCAUCUCCACCCAGUUCUCAUGGCUGCAGUCUUGGCACACAGAGGAACGGCGCGGAAGCGCACGCAGCCCAGAUGCCAGGAGGCUCCGGAUGGGUUCAUGCUCAGCUGGAGACCUCCUCCCCUAGCCACUCGGGGAACAAGCCCCACCCGGAGCACACCAGUGUGGGUGCCCCCGUGGAGAGGCCUGGGGAGCAGGACGCGGGCAUGGUGGACUACGCUGACGACCCCUGGAGGAUAACGGAGGAACAGCGGGAGUACUACACCCACCAGUUCAAAAGCCUGCAGCCCAACCUAGGAGCGCUCAUUCUGGGGUCUGUUGCAAAAAACUUCUUUACGAAGUCUAAGCUACCGAUUCUGGAACUUUCUCAUAUAUGGGAGCUUAGCGAUGUUGACCGCGAUGGCGCCCUGACCUUGACAGAGUUCUGCAUCGCCUUUCACCUCAUCGUGGCGCGUAAGAAUGGCUAUCCGCUACCCGAGACACUGCCCCUGACUCUGCUGCCCCGUUUCCUGGAGAAGGAUGCAGCACCUUCACGGACCGCGAAUGAGGAUGUGUUCUUCGCCAUGUCUUUGGCCCAGCAGAAGAAAGAUCCACCCCUAACUGAGAAGACAGAGCCACUCAUCUUCUUUGGAGAAACUGAACCAGGGCUCAGGCUACAAAAUGAAACUGAUCAUCAGAUGCAUCUUUCCGUGAUGACUUUGUCCAAGCAGGACUUGAGAGAAGAACCUUCUAAGUCAGUUUUCAGCCCAAAGAGAAUCCAAGUCACUACAGUUCAAGACAAACCUCCUGUCCACAGAUCUACAGAGAAGCCAGAUCCUCCACCUGAACUGGAUCCUCACGUGAGAUCAAGAACACGGCCGAGGUCCUAUUCCAGCGCCUCCAUCGAAGAGGCCAUGAAGAAAACGGAGGAGCCUCCCACACCUCCGCCGCGGCCCCAGAAAACGCACUCCCGCGCCUCCUCUCUGGAUCUCAAUAAGCUCUUCCAGCAGAGCGGCCAGGGGCUCAAGAGCGGACACCUCCUCCCUCCUCCUGCACUUCCUCCUAGACCCAUGGCCACACAGAUUCCGCACUUCAUCUCCGGCACAGACAAGAGCUCCCAGAAGGCCGUGCAGCAACCAAAUUUCGCCGACUUCAGCAAGUUCCAAGAAGAGGAGGAGAACGCUAUCCAAGCAGAGGAGCAGAACAGGGAGGACGCCGGCCCCCUCAGGACACCCCCGCAAAAACCAGUCCGCAGGAAGUACCGCACCGAGAGCCAGGUUCUAGACUCCCUGCAGCCCUUCCCCUCACCCUCGCACCCGCUCACUGGGAGCAAACCCCCCCAAAAGCUCUCGUCCAGGCAGAAAAAGGAGAUCCAGACAGCCAUCCGCAAGAACAAGGAGACCAACGCCGUGCUCACCCGGCUCAACAGCGAGCUUCAGCAGCAGCUCAAGGAAGUUCAUCAAGAAAGAGUCAACCUGGAGUCCCAGCUGGAGGUCCUGCGGCCCGUCGCCUUUCUCUGAGCGCCUCGGCAGGUUCGAACAGGUCCUGCAAAACAUCCCGCAACUCAAGAGCAAGCUGACCGUGAUGAAGAUGCCCUCCUUCGCGAAACACAUCCCGGUCUGCAACCUUUUGUUACUCUAAACACCUUUCAAGCGGGUGCGGGCAGAAGGUUCCAGAACCUGUCUCACGCCGGCUCUCCUUACAUUUUGCACGGUUUGAGUUUGUCCGAAGCUGAGCGGUGCAUGCGCGAUUGCGUCGACGCGAAACUAAGAAGAGCAAAGACGCGUCUUUGGAGACGUUGAGGAGAAAUGCGAUGAUGUGAAAGAGGUCAUUAAUCUCCGGAGGUCAAAGGUCAAAUAUGGCGUUGCUGUCAAAACAGCUACAGAAGAAUAGAAAUGCCAAUCUGGAACGGUAUUUGUGAAUUUGUCAAGACUUCAGGCAUUUUUAAUUAAGUUCUACAUUUUUCAAAUAAUUAAUUUUCCCCCAUGUAAUAAUAAUUAUAUUAGUGUUUUUUGCGUCAAUGUCUAAAUUUUUAUCUGCUCCGGUCUUGAUGCUUAACGUGAGUUGAUGUAUUAUGAUUUUAAUGGUCCGGGUGCUGUAUUUGUACUGGAUAAUGAGGUAAAAGUAAAUAUAUUUCUUCUGUCUGUGUUUGUGUAAAAGAGUCAUGAUUAAUUAUCGCAAAAUGGCAUUCAGGCUCUUAAUAAUUAAGAAACCGAAUAGUUUAUUUAUCUUUCGAAUGCAGCGUAGCAGUAUAUUUGUGCGGCAUAAAUGAAGCAAGUCAGCUCAGAGGAUGAGGGCUUACAUUUUUGCACAAUGACCAUGCUUUCAACCAACAACCUGUGAUUUAUAUGUUCAUGAAUGUGACAUCUGAGUCAGUAUAUUGUAACGGCCAACGAGAGCAGAUCUGCGACGAGGUGUGUUGGAGCACACUGUGCACACACACACACGGGGGGCUGAGAUCCCGCGUGCGGAAACGUGGCGAUUGGCUGGAGCAUGAUCCGAUGUCCAUCCGCGCUGUUCUCUUCUCGGCUCCGUAGGCUGGCAGCGGCAAGGUCACAUCUCAGGAAGCUCACCGGAGAGCAGGUAGAGUGGUCGUCAGACAUGACCAGUAGCGUGAUCUCCACCGUGUCCAAGACUAUGAGCCUGUCUGAGUUCAGGUGAAGAGUUUGUAUAGAUUAAACCUAAAGUGAAGGGCAGAGGCUUUAUUUUACACGUGAUGACACUCAAAUGUGAAUUGUUAAAAUAAAUCAGAAUUUUCUAACAUGAAGCUCGUUACGAAAUAUAUCUGGGGCACCUCACCCCUAGUAUUCCAGAAGAGAAAUUAUGAGUAUUAGAAUAUUUAUUUUAAUACAUAUGUAGCCAAUGUCAGAAUAAAAG